AGCAAAAUGGGAACUGUCAAGCCAGUUAGUAAAUAAACAAAGUGAAGUCGCCGGUGUUUGUCCGAAGUGACACCCGGCUCAUCUACACCCUGCAGAAGAAAGUGAUAAUUUUUAUUUGGCCCUGUUGUGAAAUGAACUGUUAAAGUUGGCGUCAACAUCGGCUUUUCCACGUCAGCUAUUAUUCCAUCCAAUAGCUGUCGUAAGUCCAGAGGCUGCCAGCAUGGUGCUGGGGAGGAAGCAGAGUCUCAAAGGGGACACUGUCCUCGCAGACUAUGGUCCAGAAGAGGCUCUCAAUGAAAGUGCUGAUAUUGAAUGGGUGAACAUGCUUUGGGUUAGAAGGCUAAUGAGGUUUUGUGCCUUAUUAAGCCUUUUAUCGGUCAGUUUGAACACUCCAAAAACAUUUGAAAAGCAUCCACCCCUUCAGUACGUGACCUUUUGCUGUGACCUCUUUGUAACUUUUUUGUUUACUGCAGAAAUGAUUGCCAAAAUGCAUAUCCGAGGUAUACUAAAGGGUGAAGUUCCAUACCUGAAGGACCAUUGGUGUCAAUUUGAUGCCAGUAUGGUAUUCUUCCUCUGGGUGUCAGUAAUUUUGCAAAUGUUUGAGAUGAUAGGAAUAGUGCCAAGAUUCAGUUACCUUUCCAUUCUGCGUGCACCGAGACCCCUAAUUAUGAUUCGUUUCAUCAGAGUGUUUUUAAAAUUUUCUAUGCCAAAAUCAAGAAUAAACCAAAUAUUCAAGCGAUCGAGCCAGCAAAUAUACAAUGUCACGUUAUUCUUCCUGUUCUUUAUGUCAUUGUAUGGGCUUCUUGGAGUGCAAUUCUUUGGUGAACUGAAGAAUCAUUGUGUGUUGAAUGAUACAGACCCAAAAUACAUCACCAUUAACAGCUUGGCAAUCCCUGAUACAUUUUGCUCGUUGGAUCCUGAUUCUGGCUACCAAUGUCCUGUCGGAAUGAAAUGCAUGAAACUUGAACUGUCUCGAUAUGUGAUGGGUUUUAAUGGUUUCGAUGAAUUUGCAACAAGCAUCUUCACUGUGUACCAAGCUGCCUCCCAAGAAGGAUGGGUUUUCAUUAUGUAUCGUGCCAUAGACAGUUUACCUGGAUGGAGAGCUGUAUUUUAUUUCAGCACAAUGAUCUUCUUCCUUGCUUGGCUAGUCAAGAAUGUGUUUAUUGCUGUGAUAACAGAGACAUUUAAUGAGAUCAGAGUACAAUUCCAGCAGAUGUGGGGUGUGCGUGGACAUAUUGCAAACAGUUCGACAUCACAGAUUUUAACUGGUAACGAUUCUGGAUGGAAGCUGGUUACUCUAGAUGAAAAUAAACAUGGAGGAUCAGCUCCUCAGUUCUGCCAUGUAAUUCUACGAUCAGCCUCCUUCCGUUUGCUUGUAAUGGCUAUAAUCCUAGCAAAUGGUGUUGUCACAGCCACAAUGCAUUUUAAACAUGAUGAAAGACCACGCCAUGUUUUCUAUGAAAAGUAUUACUACAUCGAAGUUGCUUUUACAUUGUUUCUUGACUUGGAAACACUGUUUAAGAUUUGGUGUCUUGGUUUGCGUGGAUAUUACAAACAUUCCAUUCAUAAAUUUGAGCUCCUACUUGCCAUUGGAACAACUCUUCAUGUAAUUCCAGCCCUCUAUCUUUCGGGUCUUACAUACUUCCAGGUUCUUCGUGUCGUCAGGUUAAUCAAGGCAUCACCAAUGUUGGAAGAUUUUGUAUAUAAAAUAUUUGGACCAGGAAAGAAGCUAGGCAGCCUCAUCAUUUUCACCAUGUGUCUCCUGAUUAUUUCAUCCAGCAUUUCAAUGCAACUAUUUUGCUUUUUGUGCGAUUUUACAAAAUUUGAAAGUUUCCCAGAGGCUUUCAUGUCAAUGUUUCAAAUAUUGACGCAAGAAGCUUGGGUGGAGGUCAUGGAUGAAACGAUGCUACGAACCAGAGAAACUCUGGCACCACUUGUUGCAGUAUACUUUAUCUUGUAUCAUUUAUUCGUCACUCUGAUUGUGUUGAGUUUGUUUGUUGCUGUUAUACUAGAUAAUUUAGAACUUGAUGAGGACAUAAAGAAACUGAAGCAAUUAAAGUUUCGUGAACAGAGUGCUGAAAUAAAGGAAACAUUACCUUUCCGCUUAAGGAUUUUUGAAAAAUUCCCUGACAGUCCACAGAUGACAUGCCUACAUAAAGUGCCAUCAGACUUCAGUCUGCCAAAAGUGAGAGAAAGUUUUAUGAGGCAGUUUGUCUAUGAAGUGGAAGAUGAAGAAACAGAAGGAGGGAAAAAAGUAAAUGAAAUAUUUGACCCACAUCAGAUAGGAUAUCGUAAACAGAAGCCAUUAAGAACACUGACCACUUUUCCAAAAGUGCGCAGCAUUGAUACAAGACUGAGAAAAUCAGCAGUAACACGAAUAAUAAAUGACUCAAACAACCAGCGUCUCAUGUUAGGAGAUUCUGCAGUUAUACCGGUACCAGGAAAGAGCCAAAUUAAGCCACAGGGGACUAUCAGCAGUGCAAAGCAGUUAAGACUAGACCAAAAAAAAUCAAUUAGGAGAAGUGUUCGCAGUGGUUCAAUAAAGUUGAAACAAACAUAUGAACACCUAAUGGAAAAUGGAGACAUUGGAGCAAUGAAUAGAGUCAGUUCAUCUCGUAGCAGACCUCAGGACCUGGAUAUUAAACUACUGCAAGCAAAGCGACAACAAGCAGAAAUGAGAAGGAAUCAGCGGGAAGAUGAUUUGCGGGAAAAUCAUCCUUUCUUUGAUACACCAUUGUUCUGUGUCCCAAGAGAGAGCAAAUUCCGCAAAGCGUGUCAGCUUAUAGUUUAUGCUCGCUAUGAUGCCAGGCUGAAAGAUCCUUUGACAGGAAAGGAAAGGAAAGUACAAUACAAGAGACUUCACAACUUUCUUGGAUUGGUUACAUACCUUGACUGGGUAAUGAUAUGUGUUACCACAUUAUCAUGCAUUUCAAUGAUGUUUGAAACACCAACAUAUCGAGUCAUGGAAACUCCAGCUCUCCAAAUCGCUGAAUAUGGAUUUGUUAUUUUCAUGAGUCUUGAACUGGCUCUGAAAAUAUUAGCUGAUGGUUUGUUCUUCACACCCAAAGCCUAUAUCAAAGAUGUUGCUUCUGUGUUGGAUGUCUUCAUUUAUGUGGUGAAUCUUGUUUUUCUUUGCUGGAUGCCAAAGAAUGUUCCACCGAAUUCAGGAGCACAGCUUCUUAUGAUACUCAGAUGUGUACGACCUCUAAGAAUUUUCACACUUGUUCCACACAUGAGAAAAGUAGUCUACGAGCUAUGCCGAGGAUUCAAAGAAAUUUUGCUGGUAUCAAUUCUUCUUAUAGUGCUGAUGUUUGUAUUUGCAAGUUAUGGUGUUCAGCUGUUUGGAGGACGAUUAGCAAGAUGUAAUGAUCCUACAAUCACUAAGCGUGAAGAUUGUGUUGGUGUGUUUAUGAGAAGAGUAUUUGUCACAAAAAUGAAAUUGCAGCCUGGUGCUAAUGAGUCAUAUCCAUCUAUUCUGGUACCUCGAGUCUGGGCAAACCCUCGACGCUUCAAUUUUGAUAACAUAGGUGAUGCCAUGUUGGCAUUGUUUGAAGUUUUAUCAUUUAAAGGCUGGUUGGAUGUCCGAGAUGUUCUUAUUAAACAGUUAGGACCAGUCCAUGCAAUAUACAUUCACAUUUACAUCUUUCUUGGCUGUAUGAUUGGACUCACACUUUUUGUUGGUGUGGUAAUAGCAAAUUACUCAGAAAAUAAGGGGACUGCCUUGCUUACAGUUGAUCAGAGGAGAUGGUGUGAUUUAAAGAAAAGAUUGAAAAUUGCUCAACCACUUCAUUUACCUCCAAGACCUGAUGGAAAGAAAUUUCGAGCAUUCAUCUAUGAUAUUACACAAAAUAUCUACUUCAAACGUUUUAUUGCUCUCAUGGUUCUCCUCAACAGCAGUUUACUUUGUGUGUCUUGGAGGGAAGAAGAAUCUCACACAGACCCACUGGCAACAGUUAGUACAGUUCUGACAUUAAUUUUUGUGGUAGAGGUUGUGAUGAAAAAUAUUGCCUUCACCCCAAGAGGUUACUGGCAGUCGAGAAGAAAUCGUUAUGAUCUACUAGUCACAGUUCUUGGAGUAAUUUGGAUGUUUAUCAAUGCAACUCUUAGGAAUGAUUUAUCAUACUCAAUCGGAUUCAUGGUUGUCAUUCUUCGGUUUUUUACAAUAACUGGGAAGCAUGCGACACUGAAAAUGCUGAUGCUCACUGUGGGUGUCUCAGUGUGUAAAAGUUUCUUUAUCAUCUUUGGCAUGUUUCUUUUAGUAUUCUUUUAUGCCCUUGCUGGGACCAUUCUGUUUGGCACUGUGAAGUAUGGAGAAGGGAUUGGAAGAAGAGCAAAUUUUGGCUCACCUGUGACUGGUGUGGCAAUGUUAUUUCGCAUUGUCACUGGUGAAGAUUGGAACAAAAUAAUGCAUGAUUGCAUGGUGCAGCCACCAUAUUGCACACCUGCAGACAAUUAUUGGGAAACUGACUGUGGAAAUUUCACAGCAUCUCUCAUUUACUUUUGUUCUUUCUACGUUAUUAUCACAUACAUUGUUCUUAACUUAUUAGUUGCCAUCAUCAUGGAGAAUUUCUCACUGUUUUAUUCAAAUGAAGAAGAUGCCCUUUUGUCAUACGCUGACAUCCGUAAUUUUCAGAACACUUGGAAUGUGGUUGAUAUACAUCAGAGAGGGGUUAUUCCUGUAAGAAGAGUGAAAUUUAUUUUGAGAUUGCUGAAAGGCCGGCUUGAGGUUGAUCCACAGAAAGAUCGACUCCUCUUCAAGCAUAUGUGUUAUGAAUUGGACCGUCUUCACAAUGGGGAAGACGUGACUUUCCAUGACGUUCUAAACAUGCUGUCCUAUCGUUCUGUGGAUAUACGUAAAGCUCUGCAGUUAGAGGAGCUAUUGGCUCGUGAAGAAUUUGAGUACAUCAUUGAAGAGGAAGUUGCAAAGCAGACAAUAAGAACUUGGUUGGAAGGAUGUCUUAAAAAAAUCCGCGCAGUUAGUAAACAACAGAACAGUCUGAUAGCUGGUCUAAGAGCCACCAAUGAAACAGCCCCAGUGCAGGACCACCCAGAAGACAAAAUAAAAGAGAACAGUGUUGACAGGGACAGUGAAGGAGACUCUAAGGAACCAGAAGGUGCUAGACAUCGUGGGCACCGUGUUGUUAUCCCGAGGUCAGACAGCGUUGGUAGUGGCUCAGGUCGCAAAUAUCUGGCUCCAACCCUUUCUGAUCCAGCAGUACGUCCUGAGAAAGAACGCCCAGGAGCAAAGAAGAGGAACAGUCGUCCUCAUGGUGGCAGUAAGAAUAAUCUGCCUCAUUUGACUGAAGGUCCUGAGCCCAGCAGAUUGCUGCGAGACAUCACAGCUAACAAAACAGCCAUGCCAAAGAUGUCCAAUGUGCAACUGGAAGUCAAAGACUGGUGGCUGGAACAACUUGGUUACAAUACUGAUUCGAGUGAAGAGGAUUCCUUCUAACGAGAUAUCAUCUAUUUCAGUGGAGUAGUUCAGUCUGGUUACCAGCAACUGUUCAUGAGUUUUAUGUGAAUUAAUCAUUACUUGAAAGAGCAAAUCUCUGUAAGAGAGAGAAAUAGAGAUACAUGUGUGUGUCUAUGGGAAAAAAGACGUGAGGUGGGAGAUUAUAUUUGUACACCAGUUUUAGAUCAACGAGAGAUUCUGAGUGAAACACAUUUUCUUCUUCACCCAGAAACAAAUACUGUUACACAUUAUUACUAUUGUUAAACAAUAAUCAUUUAUUUAUUUUUUAAUGUGGUUGCUUUCUACUGUGUGCGUUCUUUUCUGUUAUAGUUUGAAUAACAAAUAGGUAAAAGAUAAUGCUUACUAAGUACAUCUGUCAUAUGCCAAAAAGAUAACAGUUUUAUCAGCAUUUGAAGAGUUCCUAUCCUCGUUCUUCCACACAGACAUGCUACAUGGUAAAUGCACCCAAAAUAUCUCAAAUAAAUUAGUCACUGUCUCAGACACUGUCUUUUAGUCCUGAAGUUAUUCUGCUUUGCACUUUCAUAAAAAAAUCACUCUUGAAUUAAUUGGAAUUUUGUAUUAUUUCCAAUACUAUAACUUAUCAUAUUCUUUGACAAUAUAAUGUAACUGGACCGACUAAAAAAAAAAAAAAAAACUACUCAUGAAGCGGCAGCAGGAGAACACACACAUAAAA